GGCACUCAUAGUAAAUAUUAAAUAUUGAUCAUGCAUUCAUACUCAUAUAAUGAGUCCAUAUUUCUGAGAAAAAUGACCAGUAUGAAAAUUGCAUUGAUCUUGGUGCUUCUGCUCAUCAAUGGUCUCUUCGUUUGUGAAGCUUUUAGGCGUCACACUUUUGUGGUAAAAAACGCAGCCUACACAAGACUGUGCAGCAGGAAGAAUAUAUUAACUGUGAAUGGUCAAUUUCCAGGGCCUACGUUGUACGUUACAAAAGGGGAAACUAUCAUUGUUGAUGUCUAUAACAGAGCCAACUACAAUAUUACCAUUCAUUGGCAUGGAGUAACCCAACCAGGAUAUCCAUGGUCUGAUGGUCCUGAAUUUAACCAGUGUCCCAUUCGACCAGGUGGAAAGUUUAGCCAAAAAGUCAUAUUUUCAGAAGAAGAAGGCACUUUAUGGUGGCAUGCUCAUAGUGACUACUCUCGAGCCACAGUUCAUGGAGCCAUCGUCGUCAAACCUAAGCCAGGAACUACUUAUCCUUUUCCAAAGCCAUAUGCAGAAGUUCCCAUUAUAAUAGGGGAAUGGUGGAAGAGUGAUAUUUCUGAGGUUUACAAUGAAUUUCUAUCAAAUGGGCAAGAUCCCAAUAAUUCGGAUGCUUAUACUAUCAAUGGCAAGCCUGGAGAUCUUUAUCCUUGUUCCAAGUCUGGAACUUUCAAGCUCAUGGUAGAGUAUGGCAAAACCUAUCUUCUCCGAAUAGUCAAUGCUGCUGUUGAAAACAAUCAAUUCUUCGCCAUUGCAAAUCACAAAAUCACAGUGGUAGGAACAGAUGGAAGCUACACAAAACCAGUGACAGUAGAUUACCUCACAAUCUAUCCGGGCCAAACCAUGGACGUCUUACUCGAAGCGAACCAGCCAUUAGAUCGCUAUUACAUGGCUUCUUCACCUUAUUCCAGUGCCUCUGGUGUUUCAUUUGAUUCCACCAUGACCACUGCUAUUCUUCAGUACAAGGGAAAAAGCCAUAUUCCAUCUUCAUUACCUUCACUUUCCUUACGUUUCCUUCCAGCCUCCAAUGACACCAAUGCCUCCAUCAACCUCAUAAGCCAACUCAGAAGUUUAGCAGAUCAAAACCACCCUAUUGAUGUGCCAUUAGAGAUAAGUACAAGUUUUUUCUUCACGGAAUCUGUUAAUUCUUUGCCAUGUUUGACUUGUGAAAACGCGACACGUCUCUCUUCCAGCAUGAACAAUAUAAGCUUCAAGUUGCCUUCAAGCAGUAAUAUUUUGCAGGCUUACUACAACAACAUUACUGGUGUUUAUGAGGAAAAUUUCCCAGAUGUGCCUCCAUUGUUUUUCAAUUUUACUGCUGAAAAUUUACCUACGUUCUUGGAGACUCCAAGUGUGGCUACAGAAGUGAAGGUUCUUGAGUAUAACUCUACAGUGGAAAUUGUUCUUCAAGGGACUAACUUGAGAGCUGGGACAGAACACCCCAUGCAUCUCCAUGGACAUAGUUUCUAUGUGGUCGGAUGGGGAUUUGGGAACUUUAACAAUUCAAACUAUAAUCUUGCGGAUCCUCCUUAUCAAAAUACCAUAGCUAUUCCCAAAAAUGGUUGGCUCACCAUAAGAUUCAGGGCCAACAACCCGGGUGUAUGGUAUAUGCAUUGCCAUUUAGAACGUCAUGUGACAUGGGGAAUGGCUAUGACUUUCAUUGUGAAGAAUGGUAAAAAUUCACAUGAGCAGAUGUUACCGCCACCAUUAGACAUGACAUGUUAUAACUUGCAUCACAUGACCCUUGCGUUUGAUUCAAUGCAGGUCAAAGAAGCAUCGUACACAAGACUGUGUAGCUCCAAGAACAUAUUGACAGUAAAUGGGCAAUUUCCAGGACCACCCUUGUACGUCACCAAAGGUGAAACCAUAAUUGUUGAUGUCUACAACCGAGCCAACGAGAGCAUCACCAUCCACUGGCAUGGAGUGAACCAACCAAGAUAUCCAUGGUCAGAUGGUCCCGAAUUUAUCACUCAAUGUCCCAUAAAACCAGGUCACAAGUUUAGUCAGAGGGUCAUAUUCUCAGAAGAGGAAGGCACUCUGUGGUGGCAUGCUCACAGUGACUAUUCUCGAGCCACAGUUCAUGGCGCUAUUGUCAUCAAACCUAAGCCAGGAACUACCUAUCCAUUCCCAAAACCGCACGCAGAAGUUCCCAUUAUAUUAGGAGAAUGGUGGAAACAAGAUAUUGUUCAGGUUUACAAUGACUUUCGCAGAAGUGGAGGAGACCCCGUGUUGUCUGAUGCUUACACCAUUAAUGGCCAACCUGGUGAUCUUUACCCAUGCUCAAAUUCAGAAACAUUCAAGCUGAACGUUCGACAUGGCAAAACCUACCUCCUUCGAAUUGUCAAUGCUGCACUGGAACAAGUCCUAUUCUUUGGCAUUGCAAACCAUAAACUGACAGUGGUGGGGACAGAUGGAAGCUACAUCAAGCCAGUGAAAGUAGAUUACAUCACUAUCUCACCUGGUCAAACUAUGGAUGUCUUGCUUGAAGCAAACCAACCAAUAGGUCGCUACUACAUGGCUGCUAAGGCUUAUUCCAGUUCUGCUAGUGUCCCAUUUAACCCCUCAAGCACCACUGCGAUCCUUCAAUACAAACGAAGCAGAUACAUUUCCACUUCACCAGUCCCUUCCAUGCCUUUGCUUCCAAACUCAAACGACACUGUUGCCUCCACCAAGCACUUGAGCCAAUUUAGAAGCUUAGCAGACAAGAUUCACCCCAUUGAUGUGCCAUUAGAAAUAAGCACCGAGCUUUUCUACACAGUCUCCGUCAACACAUUGCCAUGUCACAACGGUACAACGUGUGUUGGCCCAAAUCUAGAUCGUCUCGCCGCUAGUAUGAACAAUAUAAGCUUCAAAUUACCUCCUGGGGCUAACAUUUUGCAGGCCUACUAUAACAACGCUAGUGGUGUUUACGGAGACAAGUUUCCGGACACACCGCCAUUGAAGUUUGAUUUUACUGGCAAUGACCUGCCCCAAUUCUUGUGGACUCCAUCGGUGGACACGGAGGUGAAGGUGCUAGAGUUUGGAUCCACGGUGGAGCUUGUUCUUCAGGGAACUAAUGUGCUUGCCGGAACAGAACAUCCUAUUCACUUGCAUGGACACAGUUUCUAUGUGGUGGGUUGGGGAUUUGGGAACUUUGACAAAGACAAGGAUCCUUUGAAUUACAAUCUUGUUGAUCCUCCCUAUCAAAACACUGUGACCAUACCCAAAAAUGGCUGGGUCACCGUAAGAUUCACCGCUAAAAAUCCAGGUGUAUGGUUCAUGCAUUGUCAUUUAGAGCGUCAUGUGACGUGGGGAAUGGCUAUGACUUUCAUCGUGAAGAAUGGUAACAAUCCUGACGAGCAGAUGCUACCCCCACCACUGGACAUGCCCAAAUGUUGAUUUCAAUUUCCCAAGGAUAAAGACCAUGGAAAUUGGUUUAACAUAUUCUUGUAUUCUUUUUAUUUUUUCAUAAAAUUCUUGUAUUCUUUUAAUUCUUAAUGUCUUCAUUCAUUCUUUGGUUGAUCUUUAUUAAUUGUGUACUUUUCAAAGUCUUGUAUGAUGCUUGUCUUUUUUAAAUACUUUGAAAUAAAAUCAUUGUUU